GCCUCGUCUCAAGUUCAGCAUUUUGCGUCAGCCGUCCGAAGACGUUAUUCCGCGUUUACCUCUGGGAAUGGAUGAAUCGAGCGGCAUUGGAGGAUUCGCGAUUGGCGGCAUUCGAGGGCUUCCGUUUGAGAUUGAAACGCUUUUUCAGCGCAGUGACGAAGAAGAAGUUGAUUUGAAGAACGAUGACAAUUUCGAUGGCUUGAUGAUGCGGACGAGGCAGGCACACCAGCUUGAGAUCAGAUGCCUUCAGUGCGAAGUUCAGAGCUUGCGCAAGAGGCUGGCGGCCGCAAGCAGGGAUAGGAACGCACGUGUCGACGCGCUCGCCAAGCGAGCAGACCUGCCCGUUGAUCCAGAAUUGGUGUACAUGGUCAUCGAAGAGCCUUUCCCUGGCCAGAAGGAAGCCUCCACAGACGCUCCGUCCCACGUGGCCGACAGGGCGUCGGCGGGCCUGUCGGAGUCACCCUCGGGCCGGCCCGGCCCGCAGAGAGGCCACGAGGGCGGGGGGAAGCCGGCCCAGCAGGAAGGCGCCAUGAGGGGAGGCCAGACGAGGAGGGCGUCGGCGCCGCUCUCCGCGAAUGUGAAGAGGCAGGUAACGUGGGCCGACAGUCUCGUGCACAGCGUGAAAUACCAGAGGCAUGUCGUGGAGUCGCUGAGGACACGCAGCGCGCUGACCAGGCUGAUUCAGCACCCGGGGUUCGAGGUCCUCGUUGCCAGCGUGAUCGUCCUGAACGGAGCAGUCAUGGCUGCCGAGGCGCAGUACCAGGGCUUCAAUCUGGCCGUGUGGACCGGCCACGACGCUGCAGGCCGUGCCUCCUCCGAGGUGUGGCCGCACGGUGCAGCGGUAUUCUUGGCAUGUGAGUGGAUAUUCGGAGUAUUCUUCCUGGUCGAGAUUAUCAUCAGGAUUGCAGCGGAGCGUUUGCAAUUUCUCCGAGACUACUGGAAUUGUUUAGAUCUUUUGGUUGUGGCGCUCUGGACGGCGAGCCGUUUUGAGAUUGGCCCGAGCGUGAAUGUGCAGAUGCUGCGUCUCGCUCGCCUAUCACGGCUAGGGCGCCUUGUUCGGCUUGUCCGGUAUUUGAACAGCUCUCGGUUCGAUUCGUUGUACGUCAUGGUUACGUCGCUCCAAGGGGCUGUGGCGGUGCUAGCAUGGUCUUUCACUUUGUUGUUGAUCUUGCACAUGAUCUUAGCGCUGGCUGUCAACCAGGCCCUUCAUAUUUGGUAUUUCGACGAAGGCAAGGCCGAGGAACAAGCCGAGGUGUUUGAAUAUUUCGGGAGUUUUACCCGGUCACUUCUCACAAUGUUUGAGUUUACCCUUGCAAAUUGGAUAGUCCCAGCGCGAGUGUUGAUGGACCAGGUGCACGAGUCGCUCUUCAUCUAUUCGAUCUUGCACAAGAUGGUGCUCGGAUUUGCCAUCAUAGGAGUAGUCAACGGGAUAUUCAUCCAAGAGACAUUCAAGGUGGCUGCGAUGGACGACGCGAUAAUGGUGAGGCAGACGACCAGAAAACAGACGGCCCACAUCGCGAAGAUGAAGAGCCUCUUCGCCACGGCAGACACGAACAGAGACUGCGCGAUUGAUCGCGACGAAUGGCUGGAGUUAUAGGACGACUGGGUGAAGGUCUGGCUGAAAGCUCAAGACUUCCCGGAUCCGCUCAGACUGUUCGACGAGCUGACCCACGGACGUGAGCGCCUCACCGCGCAGGAGCUCAUCGAAGGCACGGCGCGGAUGAAGAGCGACGCUUCGCCCCUGGGUGUGGUCAGGCUGAUCAGCGAGGCGCGCGACCGUGUGAUCAGCGAGGUUCGCGAAUGCCUGAAAGGAGUCGAAUGCACACUGCACGAGGCCCUUGCUCUCAAGCCACACACAGUACCGAAUCACACCACCUCGCCCUAAAGCGGAGCGUGCAGAAUACCAACAGUUCACAGGCCUCCGUUGCGGGCGCCUUCCACUCUCCGGGGGCAGCGAGAACGCUGCCCACCGCGCGUGCAGCAGCGUGACUUUCCAAGCUCAGGAUCGUUUAACCGACCCCCAUCCCUAUCCUCAUCUCCUUCGAGAGGAGGGCGCUUGGUUUUCUCCUCGUUCCUCCCCCCCUCCCCUCGAGAGGCACUUCGGACCACGCACUGCCAUGGCCCGCCUCCGCUGUGCCGCCAUUGCUCUAGGACCACAGCUCCAUGCGCUGUCCCCUGUCCUUCGUACGCCAGAGCAGUAUCUCCCGUGUACUGUCUCCCGUGUACUGAUGCUUUUCUAGAACUGAUCCCAUAAUUUGUCUCAAAUUGGACGUGCAGCCCGUGCACUGUUUUUUUUUAGAAGUGAUCACAUAAUUUGUCUCAAAUUGGACGUGCAACCAAGCUGUCGACAAGUCCUGAGGAUGGCUGUCGUACACUGCUGUACAAUACAGGGAAAAGUGAACGCGUUCACUGAAGCCAUCUUCCAAGUCUAGACGCUUCAGCUGGUGGGACUAGGUUCCAAGGAGGUUUCGAUGUGGGGAAUGGUGCCCUCUUGAUGGUUCUUGGAGCUCUCCUGGACCGACAUGGUGCACCUGAGCAGCCUUGAGGCUAUCCUGGGCUGCUUUGAGCACGUGCAGCCAUGCAUCUCUGCGAUAUUAUCCUCUCGCUCUCGCUCUCGCUCUCUCUCUCUCUCUCCUCCUGCUCCUCCUCCUCCUCCUCCUCCUCCUCCUAUCGCCGGUGCUGUCUUUUUGUGGUUUCUGCAAGUGCGCUGCCCAGAUGUUUGGCAAGCACGUUGCCCACUCUCCUUCUUGCUCCUGCCGAGGCGCCCACCGUUUGCUGGAUGGAAGCUCGGGGCCCUACCAAGGCAGACCGAAACUGGAGGUGUCGCGUCUAUGCUCCCCUACUCAUUCGGCCGAUGCCGGAGUAGGGACAGGGAUCAGCAUCAUAUGCUUCUCGCGACAAAGGCGAAAUAUUGAGUCGUUGGGUUGGGCCCUCUCGGAACGCUUCUGAAGCCCUCUUGGGCCCUCAUGGCCAGCCAGUGGUAUCCCUGUAGGGUAUACUUGCGGCAGCCUGGAUCUGCUCGGAGGCUGAGCCCCCCC